CAUGUUCUUUUUUUCAUUUUAUAGGACUAUAUAUUGAAAAUUUUUACAAAUUUUAUUUGAUAAAAUUGUAUAGAAUAUGAUAGUACUACAAUUUAUAGAGUUAUUUGUGAGUACUUUGGUUCAUUUGAGUUAUGGAUUUUACAUAUUUAGUACAGGUGUUGCUAGUGAUUGGAUUUAUAAGACAAGUUUUGAGGAUGAUAAAGAAAUUAUAAAAAGUUCAAAAGAUUUGAUACCUAUUGUUUUGGUUCAUGGAAUAUUUGGUUUUGGCAAAGGGAGAUUGGGAGGACUUUCAUAUUUUGCUGGUGCGGAGAAAAAGGAUGACAGGGUUCUUGUUCCAGAUUUGGGCUCGCUAACCAGCGUAUACGACAGGGCUCGUGAAUUGUUCUAUUAUUUGAAAGGCGGGCGAGUUGAUUACGGAGAAGAACAUAGUAAGGCUUGUGGGCAUUCCCAAUUCGGACGAGUUUAUAAACAAGGAAACUAUCCCGAGUGGGAUGAAGAUCACCCGAUUCAUUUAGUAGGGCAUUCAGCCGGAGCACAGGUUGUUCGGGUUCUGCAACAGAUGCUGGCUGACAAGGCAUUCGAGGGUUAUGAAAACACUUCGGAGAAUUGGGUCUUGAGCGUAACGUCAUUAUCUGGAGCACUCAACGGGACAACUAGAACAUACUUCGAUGGAAUGCAACCUGAAGAUGGGAAGUCGUUAAUGCCCGUAAGUUUGCUCCAACUUUGCCGCGUUGGAGUAAUCGUUUAUGAGUGGCUCGAUAUUCGCUGGCUGAAGGACUAUUACAGCUUUGGGUUUGAUCACUUCAGUAUGACGUGGAGGAAAGUUAGUGUCGGGGGUCUUAUCGACUACCUUUUAGGGAACACCGGUCCAUUUGCUUCAGGCGACUGGAUACUUCCGGAUGUUACCAUCCAGGGGUCGAUCGAGUUGAACAGCCUCUUACGUACAUUUCCUCGAACAUACUACUUCAGCUACGCGACCAAGCAUACCACGAAAGUUAUAGGACGUGUAGUUCCUUCUGGCAUUCUACGUAUACAUCCUUUGAUAUUCAUCAGAGUCCUGCAAAUGAGUCAAUAUCGGCAUCCUCGUGAUGUUUCUCCUCCGUACAAGGGCUAUAGCGAUGAAGAUUGGUGGGACAAUGACGGCGCUCUCAACACCAUAUCUAUGACGCAUCCUCGUUUGCCAGUUGAACACCCUAGUCGCCUUGUUAUUAAAGAUUCUGAUUGCCAGCCGUUGCAACCCGGUAUCUGGUAAGUAACCAUUGUUCUAGACAUUUUUUCAUCGUGAGAAGUAUCGAUCAUUCUUGUAUAGAAUUCCAAGUAGGCAAUAGUUUUGUGACUGUACUCAUUCUGGUAUCCGAUCUGAGUGAACCUAUUACGUCUUAAUGUGCUCGGACACUUCAAAUUGCUGACAUCUGCAUGCUGGAUCUUCCUAAAGUAGUAGAUAUUUGAAGAGU